UCACCGCUUCUUCUCACAUUCCACUCAAUUAUUAACCCUGAUGGAAAGCCUUGAAAAUCACUUCUGCAAUGUUACGAGAUGGCCAUGGCAGGCUGGCUAACUCCAAAGAAACAGAGGGAAAAGAAUUAUACCAUCUUCACGGCAGGAUAUGGAGAUCACUGUAUGGGCUUUAUCCAUACAAGUCCAGCAUGAUCAGGCUAGAGGGGCUGGAGCACCCCUCUGAUGACUGGGAUAUUGUGGAGACGAUCGGGGAGGGAACCUAUGGCAAAGUCUACAAAGUCACCAACAGGAAGGAUGGAAGUCAAGCAGCUGUAAAAGUUCUGGAUCCUAUUAAUGAUGUUGAUGAGGAGAUUGAGGCAGAAUACAACAUCCUGCACUCCCUUUCGAACCAUCCUAAUGUGGUUAAGUUCCUAGGCAUGUUCUAUAAAGCUGAUGAGUUUGCUGGAGGACAGCUGUGGUUGGUUUUAGAGUUGUGUAAUGGGGGUUCAGUAACAGAACUGAUAAAGGGUUUGCUGAUGAGAGGGAAACGUCUGGAGGAGCCUGCCAUCUCUUACAUUCUCUGUGGUGCUUUACUGGGCCUGCAACAUCUGCACAACAACCGAAUAAUCCAUCGAGACAUCAAGGGCAACAACAUCCUGCUCACCACAGAUGGAGGAGUCAAACUGGUAGAUUUUGGUGUGUCAGCUCAGCUGUCGAGUGCACGCUUGCACAGAAACACGUCAGUCGGAACGCCUUUCUGGAUGGCUCCUGAGGUGAUUGCAUGUGAGCAGCAGUUGGAUUACUCAUAUGAUGCCCGCUGUGAUGUGUGGUCUCUGGGCAUCACUGCUAUCGAGCUGGCUGAGGGAGAUCCACCACUGGCCGAGAUGCAUCCUGUAAAAGCACUGUUUAAAAUACCGAGAAAUCCACCCCCUACACUUCACCAUCCAGACCAGUGGUGCAGAAGCUUCAGUCAUUUCAUUGCCCAGUGUUUGAUAAAAGAUUUUGAGUCACGUCCUUCGGUCACCCAUCUGCUGGAGCACCCGUUUAUUAAGCCGGCACAUAGCAAAGAUGCUGCGCUCAGGAAACAGCUCUCAGCUCUCAUACAGGACCAACAGAACGCCGGCUCUAAGACCAGGACCAGGACCAAGCAUGAACGGAUCAAUACACGCAAAACACUGCUGAUUGAGAGUUUUCCUGAUGAUGACCUGGUGAACUUGGAGGCUUUAGAUGAGGAAACUAUAAUCAUGCAUCUUCAGAAGCGCUAUGAAGAACUGCAGAUAUACACCUAUGUUGGCGACAUCCUCAUCGCCCUGAACCCAUUCCAAACUCUAAAGAUUUACUCACCACAGUUCUCUAAGCUGUAUCAUGGAUCAAAGUGUUCAGAUAAUCCUCCUCAUAUAUUUGCUACGGCUGAUGCAGCUUACCAAGGGAUGGUAACAUUCUGCAAAGACCAGUGUAUAAUCAUCAGUGGGGAAAGUGGAGCAGGCAAAACAGAAAGUGCUCAUCUCAUCGUCCAACAUCUCACUUUUCUUGGAAAGGCCAAUAAUCGUACACUUCGGGAAAAGAUCCUGCAGGUGAAUCCUCUGGUGGAGGCAUUUGGUAAUGCAUGCACAGCUAUUAAUGAUAACUCCAGUCGCUUUGGGAAAUACUUGGAGAUGAAGUUUACACCCACUGGUGCUGUCAUGGGGGCAAAGAUUUCAGAGUACCUGCUGGAGAAAUCACGAGUCAUCAAACAGGCCACGGGGGAAAAAAACUUCCACAUAUUCUAUUACAUAUAUGCUGGUCUUUAUCAUCAAAACAGUCUAAAGGAAUACAGAUUACCGGAGAAAAUAGCUCCCAGGUACAUUAACAGUGCAAAUGGUAAAGUGAUGCAGGACAUUGUGUCCAACAAUUUAUACAAGGACCAGUUUGAUGCCAUUCAGGACUGCUUUCGCAUAAUCGGGUUUUCAGAAGAGGAAGUGAAUUCCGUAUACAGAAUCUUGGCUGCAAUUUUAAACACUGGAAAUAUUGAGUUUACCUCCACUACCUCACAACACCAAACAGAUAAGAGUGAAGUGCCUAAUUCUGAGGCUUUAGAGAAUGCAGCACUACUGCUGUGUAUAGGAGCAGAGGAGCUGCAGGAGGCGUUGACAUCUCACUGUGUUGUAACACGUGGAGAGACUAUAAUUCGCACCAACACAGUGGACAAAGCUACUGAUGUGAGAGAUGCCAUGUCCAAGGCUCUCUAUGGACGACUCUUCAGCUGGAUAGUAAACCGAAUCAAUGCUCUUCUUCAGCCAGACUUCAAGAGCUACGCUGCAGAGAGUGGGAUGCAUGUGGGAAUUUUGGACAUAUUCGGCUUCGAGAACUUUAAGAAGAACUCAUUUGAGCAGCUGUGCAUAAAUAUUGCCAAUGAACAAAUUCAGUUCUACUUUAACCAGCACAUCUUUGCCCUUGAACAGAUGGAGUAUCAGAGUGAGGCGAUAGAUGCCAGUCUGGUGGAGUAUGAGGACAACAGGCCAAUUUUGGACAUGUUUCUGCAGAAGCCCAUGGGCCUUCUCUCACUUCUGGAUGAAGAAAGCCGAUUCCCUCAGGCAACAGACCAAACACUUGUUGAUAAGUUUGAGGACAACCUACGCUACAAGUACUUUUGGAGACCAAAGCGUGUGGAGUUGUGCUUUGGAAUUCAGCAUUAUGCUGGAAAGGUGUUGUACAGUGUGAAGGGUUUUCUGGAGAAGAACCGGGACACUCUUCCUGCAGACAUCGUGGUUGUUUUGAGAAUGUCUGAGGACAAAUUGCUUCAGCAGCUGUUCUCCAAUCCUCUCACCAAAACUGGUAACCUGGCAACCUCCAGAGCCAGAGUCACUGCAGCAUCCCGAUCUCUGCCUCCUCAGCUCCAUGCAGGACGUAACAAGGUGGACACUAUGGAAAUGAUGAGACACCCAGAGGAAACCACCAACAUGAGAAGACAGACUGUAGCGUCGUACUUUCGUUAUUCUCUGAUGGAUCUGUUGUCUAAGAUGGUAAUGGGCACACCUCACUUUGUGCGCUGCAUUAAACCCAAUGAUGCUCGGCAGGCUCUGAGCUUCUGUCAGGAGCGUGUGAUGGUGCAGCUAAGAUACACAGGCAUCUUGGAGACAGUCAACAUCCGACGCCAAGGCUUCUCUCACCGCAUCACCUUUGAUGACUUUGUUAACAGGUACUACUACCUGGCUUUCCGGGCUCAUCAGAAGCCAGAGAGCAGUAAGGAAAAUGCUGUCAUUAUUUUAAAGAAAGCCAAGCUGGACAACUGGGUUCUGGGGAGGACGAAGGUGUUUCUGAAGUACUACCACGUUGAGCAGCUGAAUUUGUUGUUGAGAGAGGUGAUGGCUCGGGUAGUGGUGAUCCAGGCCUACACUAAAGGCUGGCUGGGGGCGAGGAGAUACCGCAGGGAGAAAGAGAAACGCAAUCAAGCAAUUAUCAUCCAGUCAGCCUGGAGGGGCUAUUUAGCCCGUCAACAUGUGAAGCGGAUUAAGCAGGAUCGGGAAAAUGCAGCAGUGCAGAUUCAGUCAGCCUACAGAGGGCACAGAAUCAGAAAAGAGUACAGACAGAGUCAAAAGCAAUCUUCAGCUGCUUCCAAAUCAACCAGGGAAGGUACAUUUCAGAGAACAGGCUCUGACUGCGAAAACCAUAAGGACAAGGUUGUCUCCGUCAGUGGUGACAGACAGAGUGAAGUUGACAGUAAAGGGAAAAACACAGCUGAUGUGUCUGUAGUGAGGACUACUGGAGAGCGAGGCAGAGCAACACAUCAUAAACAAGGUCCAGCAGCGAAGUUGCUACAGCGCACCCCUCGGCGUCGAGGCCAGCAACCCAAACUACUGAACAGCCCAGAGGACAGUAUUUACUACAGCCAGCUCAAUAGAGCUCUAGAUUACCAGGGGAGCAAGAGGAAGCCCAGAAAACUUGGCCAGAUCAAGCUUCUAGAUGGAGAGGAUGAGUAUUAUAAAUUGCUAUUGGUGGCAGAGUCGGUCCCUGAGGAAGAUUUCUCCCCUAUCCCUCCUCCUCCCUCUGGUCCUGUUCCGGUUUCUCCACUGAAGAGAGAAGCUCUACUCCAGAGCUGAAUGAAUGCACGGUGCUGCUGCUCAGCCUUGACCCCGAGCCCCAGCAUAGUCCAUAGCAGGAUUGCCGUCUUCAAAUCCUCCUAAUUGCAAUAAAUACCAAGGCAUUGUAGUUAUGUAUUGUCUUUAUUUUUAUUUUUUUAUGUCAUCCUUGAUAUGAACAAUGGAGCCAGACAUACUUUCCAGACAUACAGAUUUCUGUGGUUUAUUUGAUGUCAAAUCUAAUCUAUUUUACCAUUGUUAUUUUGUUAUUUUUAAUGACAACUGCUGUAAAAAGAAAAAGUUUAUUCAUAGAACAUGCUCUUUAAUCUAUUCAUUUUUUUUUUUUUUUACAAUUUUGUGCAUUUUAUUAAUUUCCUAAUGUAUCAUUAUAUUUUCUUUUAAUUUAUUAAUUCAGUUUGACUUCCCUGAAAAAACAUGCCUUACACAGCUCAGUACACAAAUCCAAACUAUUCAAACUAUUCGUAUUCUAGGUGGAAGUGUGUUGUUAUCCCAUUAGAUAACCUUAAACAUGAAAGUAGAAAGUGUUUCUGUGAGGGUUUGCAGUUGUUGAAAAAGAAUAAGUACUAAAGUGCAAAUUAAGAUUACAUUUAAAUAAAAACCAAUAUCCCUCAAAAUAGAAUACAUGUGCACGUUAAUUUUAAUGGCAAAAAAAGUCCACUUUAUAAAGCUACUGGUUUUAUUGAAUAUAAGAAUGAGAUCCUCUUACCAAACAGAGACAUUACAUAACCCUACUUAUGCUUGUAAAGUAGCUAGCUAGUAGCUAGUAGCUAGUCCAGCCACAGACAUAAUCAACAUGCUUGUACAACAGUGUUUAUGCCGUCAAUGUGCUUCACUAUUUUCUGCUCCACCAAUGUCCUGGAUUGCACGCGUGCUACCUGACUAAAGAGAGCAACCAACUUCAACACAGGUAAUUAGUUACAUCAUGUCUCUUUUGGCAGUAGAAAUAGCAACAACACAGAGGAUUAUGGCAGUUGUGCUGAGCUGAACUGCAUUAUGUGGAAAAUUCAUAUUUGAGAUGGUUUUCAACUGGGUUUUGGCAUUCUAACUCUAAAAAAAAAAUGUUGAGUAAAACUUUGGUCUUAUGUACUUAAUGUGGUUUGUUGUCUGAGUUCAGUUUUAAAUGCACUUUUUUUAUCAGCUGUGUUUUGUACCACACUGGCAAUAAAUAAUAAAUAAAUAAAUGCUUA